AUGCACUGCGACGAAAACAACUCAUCCACGUGUCAGAUUGUGACGAGGCAAAGAAGAAACUGCAAGCCAUCUGGGACGACCCACCCGCCAACGCGCCAAACAUCGAUGACGAUGGCGAUGCUUCUUGGGGACCUGUCGUUCUGUGUGCUGCCAUCACGUGGGACGAUUUCCAAGGAUGGCUCAACCGCAACGAAGGGCGAGUGA